AUGUCACGAGAAACAAGAAAGUCACGAGAAUCAAGCUCGUCACCCGAAUCACGAUCAACAAAAGACAUACUCAAAGACCUAUGUACUUACACUGUAUCGUCAGCUGAUCCAGGGGAUCGUUUACCACACGACUGUUAUAUGAUCAUGGUUGGUCAUUUGAAGAGUCAAGAGCAUAUGAAGAUGUUGUUGGAUAUGAGUGAAUCACAAGGAAUAUCGUCGACGAAAGAAGGAGAUGAAGAUCAAGCAGAAUAUGCAGUAUUGAAAUCCGAAAAUGUUGAAUCAAUUUUGGAGCACAUCAAAUUAACAGGAAAGACUGAACAGCUUGAAAGCCAGCGUAAAAGUCAUUUCGUCUAUGAAGAUAAUUUUAAUUCUUCUCUGACUACUAUGAUGGAAACACGAUCAUCAUUCGAGAAACUUAAAAAGGUUUGUCGUAUAUAUGAACACCGCGAAGGAGUUAAUGUGGAUAAAGUGAUGGCUGAACAUGAGAACCGUGCGAAUGCGUCACACUCGUAUUUUUGUGAAAGAAAAGUGCCACCUGACGAAGCCAAAGCUUUAGCAUUCUCCAUUGCCUUCUAUACGGGUUCGAAGAGUGAAGCAUGUAAUCGUGGUGCCAGUCUUAUCGCUCGGAAAAGUAAUGGGCAAGUCCUUGAAGGUGACGUAGAAAACGAAAUAAACGAAGCAGCUAUUAUUCUUUAUUAUUUGGUGAAAGCACUUUCAUACAUCCCUUUUUACUGGGGAUAUGUUACUCGAGCUUGUCAGCUUACAUACGAUGAAUUGAAACUCUACGUACCUGGCGCUUUAAUCACUUGGAUCCAGUUUAGUAGUUCAAAAAAAGGUAAAAAAGCAGUUAAUUCGAAAGCUUUUAAAGAUCGAAAUGUACUUUUUAAAAUCUUCUCGUUAACUGGUCGUCCCAUCAAACAUUUUUCUAAUUAUCCGGAAGAAGAUGAAAUUUUAUUUCUGCCCCAUUCUACCUUUCUUGUUUUCAACCACAAAACGUAUUAUAAAGAGAGAAAACAAGUAAUCUACAUGCGACAAGUCGAACUGGGUUUAUGCACAUGGUCCGUGUUGUGGGUUGAUGACCGCAUAUUUGAUGAAAAUUGGGAGAAUAAACAACACAUGGAAUAUGCAGCAAUCAAUGCACUUGAUAUAAAUGUGCAUUUUAUUCCGAAAUCGUCCACUGAUAGUGCUCUAUCCUUUUUACGAUCUGCAUUUGGACAGCGUUUGAAAAAUCAGGACACAUUCCGCAUUGUAACUGAUAUGAAUCGUACAAAUGAAAAACCCGCUCAUAAUGCAGGUGCACGACUAAUCAAAGCAAUACGACAGAUGGGUUUCAAAUUUCUUGAACAUGCACAUCAACCUCCGUGGGCCGUUCUUGCAGGAUAUCUCUCGCCGACACAUGAUUCGUAUGUACAUUCCAAAUUGGGCGAUCCUGCAUGGAUUCCAGCUGCAGAUCGAUGUCGACUUUGUGAAAAAGCUAUCGAGUAUGAAGGUUCAGCAGUAUCAUCUUGGAUUGGCGUUUCUCGAGGUGAAAGUGAAUGGGUUAAUGGAUUUGUUGACUUUGGUCCUGUUACUGAAUAUCUACGAGACUUUCUAAAUAGCACACUUGUCGAUCAAAACAAGAUUCUGAAAUAUCCAUUGCGUGUAAUACGCACAUAUUUUACAAAAGAUGAACAAUUAAAUAUAUCUCAAUUAAUAUGUCUAUUAUCACAUAUAAGUGAUAUAUUUGUAUCUUGGUCAAUUGGUUUUGUUAUUCUUGCUUGUACUAUACAUCUUGUUACAAUAGUAAAUUCAAAAUGCUUUCCACAACCAACGCGUUACGAGUAUUUGGACUUAUAUUACUAA